AUGGCGCAAGGAGAACUUAAGAGAUCUCUACUAAACAAUAAUCCAAACCCUAAAUCUCCAAUUGCUUCACGCUCAAGAAAGAGGCAAAAGAUAGCAGAACACAGAAAGUCACUUCCUAUUGCUUCAGUGGAGAAGCGUCUGAUUGAGGAGGUUCAAAAGAAUGAUGUUUUGAUUAUAAUUGGUGAAACCGGUAGUGGGAAGACUACUCAGUUGCCUCAGUUUCUAUUCAGAGCUGGAUUCUGUAAGAAAAGGAAGAUGGUAGGGAUAACACAGCCGAGGCGUAUCGCUGCUAUGAGUAUUGCUGAAAGGGUAGCUGAGGAAAGUGAUGUUGAGUUGGGCCAAAGGGUUGGCUAUUCCAUUAGGUUUGAUGAUUGUACUUCUAGUACCACGAGGUUGAAGUUAAUGACUGAUGGGUUUCUGUUGAGGGAAGCUUUGGUGGAUCCGCUUCUUUCUAGAUAUUCAGUCAUAGUUGUCGAUGAAGCCCAUGAGAGGACUGUUGACACUGAUGUUCUACUUGCCUUGCUGAAAGAUGUGCAGCGGGAUCGGUUAAGUGGGUGUCAAGGCAGGAAAGUAUCUCCGUUGAAGCUGAUUAUUAUGUCUGCGAGUUUGGACGCAAGUGUUUUCUCAGAGUACUUUGGUGGUGCCAAAGCUGUUCGUGUGGAAGGGAGACCGUUUCAUGUUGACAUUCUUUACACUGUUCGUCCUGUAGAAGAUUAUGUGGAUGCUGCUUUCAACACUAUAUUCCAGAUUCAUUCGGAGGAGGAGCCAGGUGAUAUACUUGUUUUCCUCACCGGGCAAGAAGAGAUUGAAUCAGUGGAAAGACUUGUGAAAGAAAAACUUAAGGAUUUACCUGAAGACGAGAGAAAGCUACUGCCACUUGUUAUCUAUUCUGCUCUUCCAUCAGAGAAACAGACGCGAGUUUUUGCACCUGCGCCAACUGGUUUUCGUAAGGUGAUAUUGGCCACAAAUAUAGCAGAGACAUCUAUUACAAUACCUGGAAUAAGAUAUGUGAUAGACUCUGGGUUUGUUAAGGCACGAACCUAUGAUCCAAGCAAGGGAAUAAAGACGCUUGAUGUUGUUGAAGUAUCAAAAGCACAGGCGCUUCAAAGAAGUGGACGUGUAGGACGUGAGGCUCCUGGCAAAUGUUUUCGUCUUUAUCCUGAAAGGGAAUUUGAGAAACUGAAGGAUUCAACCAAACCAGAGAUCAAGAGAUGCAAUCUCUCUAAUGUUAUUUUGCACCUCAAGGCUCGGGGAAUUGAUGAUAUUGUUGGAUUUGAUUUUAUAGAUAAACCUUCAAGGGGAGCCAUUGUGAAAGCAUUGGCGGAGUUGUACUUGCUUGGUGCCUUGACUGAUGAUUGUAAACUAGCAAAACCCGCGGGAGAACAAAUGUCACGGCUCCCACUAGAUCCUUUUUACUCCAGAGCUCUAAUUUUGGCCAAUCAGUUCAACUGUCUAGAGGAAAUGUUAAUCACUGUUGCAAUGCUCUCUGUGGAAUCCAUAUUUUAUGAUCCUCUUGAGAAGAGAGAAGAGGCAAGAAACUCAAGAACCCACUUUGCUAACGUUGAAGGGGAUCACUUAACUUAUCUUAGUGUUUAUCGAGAGUCGGAUGAGUUGUUGGAGAAGAGGAAUAAUAUAAUGGAAAAAUGGUGCAAGGACAACUUUGUGAAUAGUGGUUCCUUGAAACUUGCUCGUGACACUUAUAGAGAAAUCCGUGAACAUGUAGAACAGAUGGGUUUUAACGUGUCUUCGUGUGGGAAUGACAUGCUUGAGUAUCGUAGAUGUCUUGCUGCAUCAUUUUUCCUUAAAGCAGCACAGAGACAAAUGGAUGGUACAUACAGGGCGUUGGAAAGUGGGGAGAUUGUCCACAUCCACCCAACUUCUGUUUUAUUCCAUUCCAAACCCGAGUGUGUUAUCUUUGACGAGUUCAUUCAAACCAGCAAGAAGUACAUUAAGAACCUGACGAGAAUUGAUCAUUUAUGGUUGGCUGAGCUGGUUCCUCAUCAUUACAAAAUAGAUGAGUGA